UGCCUGCCGUGCAAAGGACCACUCUCGGAUAACCCGCGUCACCCACCAGUCUAAACGGCACAAACAUGAAGGCCUCGCUGUCCUUGCUGACCCUCUGCGUCGUGGUUGCGACCGCCAUGGCCGGCUACUACGGAGGGUACGGAGGCUACGGCGGUUAUGGUGGCUAUGGUGGUUAUGGUGGUUAUGGUGGCUACGGAGGCUACGGCCGCGGCUACGGAGGAUACGGCGGCUACGGGGGAUACGGUGGCUACGGUCACGGUGGCUAUGGAGGAUACGGAGGCUACGGCGGAUAUGGCGGCUACGGAGGCUAUGGAGGCUAUGGCGGUUAUGGAGGAUACGGUCACGGCGGCUACGGCCAUGGCGGCUACGGCCACGGAUACGGAUACAAAGUCAUCAGCUACGGACACGGCCACGGCUACCACGGCUAAAAUGUGCCCUCUUGUAUAUAGAAAUAAAUUGUACAGUAGAAAA